CGUUUUUGUUGAGUGUGAGUCAAGAAAAGGAUUUCAAGAGGUGGCUUUCGUGGCCGGCAAGAUGUGGACGUCGAUUUUUGCGUUGCAUUGAAGUUGUGGACAAUUUACGUAGUAUUCCAAUCGACUGCCCGAAAGGCAUUUAUGUCAGACAUGGCUGACGAGCCAAAUAAUGACGAUCAGUGGCUGUAUGGAGAUUCCUUGGGCGAUUCUCAGGAUGCCAAUAACGAAGCUUCUGAGGAGAAAAAGUUGGAGAAACUGACCUCAGGAGGGGACAUAAACACAUCCAUGGACCAGCCCCUGAGAGAGGAAAAUUCAACAGAGCCAGCAGCUGAAUCAGAAAGCAACGCUGCCGAAGAACCUCGAGCUUCAGAGGAUAAUGAUGAUAAAAAUGAGGGAGAGAUUGAUGAUGAUGAUAAUGAUGACGAUGAUGACAGUGAUGAUGAUGUCAAUGUUGUCAUUGGUGAUAUUAAAACAACCCCAGCCACUUACUCAACUCUCAAUAUUAAAAGAACUGGCCUCUUAACUUCAUCUGGCGGAAUUGACAAGUUGAAGCAACCUGGGAAGUUCUCUAUUGAGGAAUUUGAACAGAUUGGCACCAUAAAUGGCAUGCCCACUCAUGAAUACAAUCUUGAUUCUCUGGAGGACAAGCCAUGGCGUAAACCUGGUGCUGACAUAACAGAUUACUUCAACUAUGGGUUUAAUGAAGAAACGUGGCGAGCAUACUGUGAGCGGCAGAAGAGGAUGCGUGUCCAUGAAUCUGGAGUUGGCUUGGGACCAUUAGGUCCCCCUCCUGGUCGCAAGAUGGGAGGCAGCAUUGAUGUCAUUGGAAGUGGAGGUGGCACCCUAGCUUCCCGUCGCAACACAGACAGAGACACUCCUCCCAAGGAAAACGUCAUUCAGGUGAUGACUGCAGACCGCAGGGAAUAUAGUCGAAAGAAUCCAGGAUUCCCUGAUAUGUCUGUGCCACCUCCGUCAGGGUUGCCUCCAACCUUUGAUGUACCUCCACCAAUACCAGUAGCUGGUCCAUUUCCUUCUCAGCCACGAAUUCAUCCUCCUGCACCGUAUGGCCCAGACCAGUUUUACUCUCCUGACACUGAUCCAUAUUACCAGUCCUAUGAACCAACUCAAGAGCAGCAGUGGAUGGGCCAUCAGGAUCCAUUUGGACCUAGAGAUGAAGCUCUUUCUGGUAUACCUGGGCCCACAAGCUCCAGUUUAAAAUCAAAGGAUGACAAAGAUAGUCCGAAGUCGAGUAGGGAUAGAGAUAGAGAUCGAUCGGAGAGGGACAAAGAGAAACACAGAUCUCACCGCCAUCGUUCGAGAAGCCGAAGUCCAUCUGAAAGAAAAAGGAGGCAUAAAAGUAGAAGCAGGAGUCCAAGUCAUCGUAGUCAUCGCAAAAAGAAGUCCAAGAAGUCUGACAAAUCCAAAGAGGAAGAUAGUGACUGAUCUCUUUUGUUUUUUUGUCGUUUAUAAAUAUCUGUGACAUUUCCAUUCUCUCCGUCUCCAAAUAAAUUCUGGAAAUUCCAUUACAAA